GAAUCUGCCAGAGAAGACGGCCGAAACCUUCCUUCCUGCCUGCCAAGCUCUUGAUGGUCGACGGGCCGUACGCACUGGGGACCUGGCGCUCUGGACGAACACCGGCAAGUUGAAGUUAGUCGGCCGAAGAGACUCCAUGGUCAAGGUCCGUGGCGCCCGGAUAGAGCUUGGAGAGGUAGAAGGCACUCUUGCCGCCCACCCAGCCGUCAAGUUCGCCGUGGUAACCGUGCACGAGGACAAGCUGGUAGCUUACAUUCACCCGGCCGUCCCGGCCAACCUGCGCGACUUCUGCAAGGAGCACUUGGUGUCCUACAUGGUGCCGCACAUUUUCCAAGGCCUCGAAGAGGUUCCGCGGCUACCCACCGGCAAAGUGAACAAGAAGGCACUGCCAAAGCCGGAGGCGCGCGAAGAUGGUGCAGAGGUCGUGAUGGAGCUGGACAGCUUGGGUCAGAUGCGCAAGUUCACACGCAAGGCUGCAUCGGAAGACAAGGUCCUGGACAACGUGCGCGCAAUUCUCAUUGGCAUCGUACUCCAUUCACAUGCCAUUCCACUGAAUCCGUCCAACCCCUCCGAGAUGAUCGACGGCGAGUUUCAACCCCUUGCCUCACACCAGUGGGGUCCCGGAGAGUUGCUAUUGCUGCAGGUGGUUCGAAGUGGAGGAUGGUCUUCUUUGGCAUUCCUGA